GCAAUGAAAUGAUUAAUCAACACAUUACGUGUGUAUCAGAUGUUAAUGUAUUAUUUCUUGUCAAAAUAUUGGUAAACCUUCACUGUAAAACGAUCUCAUGCGGACAUGAAGUUUAUCAAUGGUCUUUUGUUUUUUGACAGAAACUAUGGGUUUAUGAACGAACGCGUACGGGGAUAUGGACUAAUUUUGGUUGAACAAGUCAAUAAGAUCAUUUAAUCAUCUUUCCGAAGUAAAGAAGCAACAGUGAUGGAUUGUCCAAGCUCCCACAAAAGUCAUGGGUUCUGCGACUUUCGUCCCCCUUAAAACGUUACAGAGGAAACCAAAAAAGAAGGAAAAUGUAUAACAUCAUAGCAUAGCAAAAACCAGUAACAACUCCUUGCUUCCUUUUGUUAAAUUGACCUUCAUGGGCAUCCCAAAGGUCUCUUUGGCUUUCAUUUUGUUGGUUGUCAUGUUUGGGCAAAGGAUCCAGGGAUCUCAACAACCGGCAUGCAAUUGGAAUGACUUAACAGCCCUCAAAGGUUUCAUCAAGUGUUUAGAAUCAGAUAUUGGCGGGUGGAACUGGAACAACCUCAAUUGCUGCUCCUGGACAGGUAUCACUUGUGAUAAUUCCUCUGUUUUAAAUGAAAGAGUGGUUGGGCUAGAGCUUGGGAACAAAAGACUUUCAGGAACCAUAUGUGAGAGUUUGGUUGGAUUGGAGCAACUACGAAUCCUGAACCUCUCUCAUAAUUCUCUCGAUGGUGAAAUUCCUGCCAACUUGUUUCGUUUCCAGAACCUGGAAGUCCUUGACUUGAGUAACAAUUAUUUCGUUGGUUCACUUCCCACCAUAAUCCAUUUGCCCUCAGUGAAGUAUUUUGACCUUUCAAAGAAUUAUUUCUCAAGCAUCCUUACCUCAGAAAUUUGUAAAACUUCAUCUAAUAUCCAGUAUCUUGAUCUUGCAAAUAACUUGUUCGGAGAAACUUCAACAUAUUUGGAGAAUUGUACUUCAUUGCAGUAUGUUUAUCUUAAUGGCAAUGGUCUAUCGGGAACUUUCCCUGAGAAUUUAUUCCGGUUACAACAUCUCAGAAUAGUGCACCUUCAAGAAAAUAGGUUCUCAGGGCCUCUGAAUUACGGAAUUGGUAACCUCUCUAACCUCGUUGAAUUGGAUAUCUCUUCCAAUGGCUUCGAUGGAAGUCUUCCAGAUGUUUUUGGAAGACUGAGAAAGUUAGAGUCCUUCUCUGCUGGCUCAAACAGAUUAAGUGGCUUAUUGCCUAUUUCUUUGGUGAAUUCUCCUUCGAUUUUGAAGAUUGAUCUGCACAACAACAGUCUGGAUGGUCCGAUCAAUAUAAAUUGUUCUGCAAUGACCAGUAUCACCUCACUUCGUCUAGCUUCUAAUAAUUUUCAUGGUCCAGUUCCUGAUGGUCUAUCCUCUUGUCAGAGCUUGAGAAGUCUGGGUCUUGCACACAACAAAUUCACCGGUGGGAUUCCAUUCCGCUUCAAAAAUCUCCAGGCACUGGAAUUCCUCUCUCUCACAAACACUAGCAUCAAUAAUAUAUCCACAGCACUUGAGAUUCUACAAGACUGCAAGAACUUGACCAUAUUGGGCCUUGCUGUUAACUUUUAUCACGAACAGAUGCCUAGCAACGUCAAUUUGCAGUUUAGAAGUCUUAAGGCACUUAUUAUUCCAUUUUGUUACCUUAGAGGUUCCUUUCCAAUGUGGUUGAGGGGUUGCAAAAUGUUGCAAUUUCUGGAUCUGUCUUGGAAUUCAUUGGGAGGGUCCAUUCCUUUUUGGGUAGGCGAUUUCAGAUAUCUCGUUUACUUGGGCUUGUCUAACAAUUCCUUUUCCGGAAAAAUACCAGAAAGUUUAACUGGACUUGAUAGUCUUGUUAACGAAGCUGUUCAACUGAAAGAACUCUCUGCAGACUUCCCACUGGUAAAAAGCAUGGAGCAAGGUGGGCUGCGCUUGUCAUAUCGCCAUAUAUGGAGCUUGCCACCGACUAUUGACUUGAGUUUCAACAAGCUUGCGGGACCAAUCUGGAUAAGCUUUGGGAAUUUGAAAAACCUUCAUGUUUUGAGUUUGAAAGGGAACAAACUUUCAGGAACCAUUCCAGAGAGUAUAUCAGGGAUGACAAACUUGGAAGUGUUGGAUUUGUCUUGUAACAAACUCUCUGGCGAAAUACCUAAUUCUCUGGUACAUCUCAGCUUUUUGUCAAAAUUCAAUGUAUCAUACAAUAAGCUUUAUGGGAAUAUACCUUCAGGAGGUCAGUUUAUGACAUUCCCCGAUUCAAGCUUUGAGGGGAACGAGGAACUCUGCAAUGAAAUAAUUAGACCUUGUCAGACAAAACUGAUUCCUCCACUUGCAUCUCCAAGUAAAGGAAUGAAGAUUGUGGAUUGGAAUUUUGGUAUUGGAGCGGCAGUUGGUUUCGGUCUCAUUGUCGCCUUUUGCUUCAAGUCUGGCUGGGUACUUUCCAAAGGAUGAGAAGCAUAUUCUACACACACACA